GCCUGCUCCCCGGCUGCAUCCAGACGGCGCUGUAGCCGCAGCGGCAGGUUCCUCCGGGGGCAGCGUCCCAGGGAGCGCGUAGGAAGCCCGGCGGGCAGCUGGCUCCGCUGCGGCGCUGAUGUCACUAAUACUGUGCAGGAUUUUCUCUUUAUUGAAGAAGAAGAGGAUGAAUCAAUAGAAAUCACACUUGAGGGGGGAAAUGUCCCAUACUUGAAUAUUCAGUAAUUCAUCUACUUGCAUGGUCCACUCUACAUAUUUUCAUCUUUAAAUAGGACACAACUGUCUUGGAAGCCUGUGGACCAGAGAAAGGAAGAAAAGUCUGAACCAUGUAUUAUUCAUUUCAGUGAUGGUUCUGAAGCAGAGAAUGGCUUCUGAUGGUGACAGAGUGCAUCCUUUGAAUCCAUAAAGAUAAGUAGGAAGAAGAGAAAUUGGAACUAUUGAUUGAUAUUGUUCAGCUGAUGGGGUUUCCUGAUACCCCUGAAGUCUAAUGGAUUUUCCAUCACUAACAUCACUGGAAUGGAUAUGAAAGAAAUCAGCCAUGAUGGAAAAAGUGUUACAUGCAGGACUGUGUUGAGGACUACUUGAAUUGUUAAUGUCUAGCACAGAGGGCUGCUUGGCUAUUGGUUCAGCGUGACGUGAGGGAUUUUUAUUGUAAACUUUAAAAAUAACUAUGUCCAAGAAAAGCCGUGCCAAGGGAGAGAGGUCCGACAUGGAGAUAGAAGCAGUUCAGGCUGCUAAUGAGGAACUACGAAUUAAACUGACCAACAUCCAGAUAGAAUUCCAGCAAGAAAAAAGCAAGGUGGGUAAACUGAGAGAGCGAAUCCAGGAAGUCAAGCAAGAAAGAGAGCAGGAGCAGCACAAGCACACUGCCUACAUCUCUGAACUGAAGGCUAAACUCCAUGAGGAGAAAAUGAAGGAACUCCAGGCUGUCAGGGAGCUGCUUAUCCGGCAGCAUGAGCAGGAAGUAGCUCGUAUGGUAAAAAUAAAAGACAGUGAAAUUCAACGCUUGCAGUCUACGGUGAACGUGUUGCGGGAUGGGGCAGCCGACAAAGUGAAAACUGCAUUGCUCAAUGAAGCCAGGGAAGAAGCUCGGAAAGCAUUUGAUUGUGAACGUAUAAAGAUGCAGCAGGAGAUAUUGGAGCUGAAGUCUGGUAAAAAGCAGCUUGAAGAAACUUUGAACAAUAUUAUGCAGGCAGAUAAAAUGAAGGCUGCUGAUCUGCGCACGGCUUAUCAGUCCCAUCAAGAUGAGGUUAAUAGAAUAAAGCGUGAAUGUGAGAGGGAUAUCCGCAGGCUGAUGGAUGAGAUAAAAGGCAAAGACAGAGUGAUUUUAGCUUUGGAAAAAGAUCUUGGUGUCCAGGCGGGCCAUGCACAAAAGCUGCUCCUUCAGAAAGAAGCUUUGGAUGAACAGCUUGUCCAAGUAAAGGAGGCAGAACGGUACCAUGGUAGCCCGAAGAAGGAACUUCCUCCUGGAGUAGGGGAUAUCACUGAAAUGAUGGGAAGCCCGGAACAGCAUAUGGAUGAACGAGACAUACGGAGAUUUCAACUAAAAAUCGCUGAACUGAAUGCUGUAAUACGGAAGCUGGAAGACAGAAAUACCCUUUUAGCAGAUGAAAGAAAUGAACUGCUGAAACGUUCUCGGGAGACAGAAGGUCAGCUGAAGCCCCUUGUAGAGAAAAACAAGAGGAUGACCAAAAAGAAUGAGGACAUGUUGCAGUGUAUCCAGAGGAUGGAAGAAAAAAUUAAAAAUCUCACGAGGGAAAAUGCAGAAAUGAAAGAAAAGUUAUCCACACAGCCGACUUUGAAGAGACACACUUCCUUGAACGAUCUCAGUAGCACACGAGAGGAGCAAGAAAUGGAAUUCCUGAGACUGCAAGUCAUAGAGCAACAGCAUGUUAUUGAUGAUCUCACAGUGGAACGAGAACGGUUGUUACGCCCAAAAAAACCGAAAAGGAAAAGUCUGAAACCUCCAAAGAGGCAUGUUGUGGAGACGUUUUUUGGAUUUGACGAAGAAUCUGUUGACUCUGAAACCUCAUCUGUAACUUCGUAUAACACGGACAAAACAGACAGAACACCAGCAACACCAGAAGAAGACUUGGAUGAUAGUACGCCUAAAGAAGAAGCUGAUUUAAGGUUCUGUCAACUAACCAGAGAAUAUCAGGCUUUACAAAGAGCAUAUGCAUUACUUCAAGAGCAAGUUGGUGGGACACUGGAUGCAGAGAGAGAAGCAAGGACUCGUGAACAACUGCAAGCUGAUCUCCUCAGGUACCAGGCGAAAAUUGAAGAUCUGGAGAAAUCUCUGAUUGAAAAAGGACAGGAUUCCAAAUGGAUAGAAGAAAAGCAGCUCCUUAUCAGAACAAACCAGGAGCUGUUAGAAAAGAUUUACAAAAUGGAGCUGGAAGAGAAUCAGCUGAAGAACGAGAUGCAGGAUGCAAAAGACCAGAAUGAGCUGUUAGAAUUCAGAGUGCUCGAACUUGAAGUAAGAGAUUCUCUCAGUUGUAAACUCUCAAAUGGAGCAGAAAUUAUGUUUGAACCCAAGUUGAAAUUCAUGUAAAGUGCACUGGUGCAUGUGUAAGGUGGAAAUAUUUUAGGGUUUUUUU